AUGGAGGAACAGUUCAUACUGAGGGUGCCGCCCUCGGUGGCAGAGAGGAUAGAGAGGCUUCUGAAUGAGGGGGCCUCCUCAUCUGAGGAUGCUUCUCUGGAUUUGUCGUUCGCGGGUAUGCUUUGUUCUCUACUCGUUCUUGCUGUUCUUCGUUUUAUUUUAUUUACGUUUAGUGCUCUUUUUUACGGAGUUCUUCCCCUGCGAGAGUUGGAGUUGCCUGCUGUGUGGACAGGCGUCUAGACAGACCCCUGUGGGACUGUAGAUGAACUGAUUGUCGUUAUAAAUGCGCUGUUCAAAGAAAGAGCUUGGCUGAAUGUGGGUUAGUCUGAUCCUGAUGAACAUUUGAUCGUCAAUUAUCAGCCCCUGAGGAUACAUCCGAGGAUCUAUGGCUCAUGGAUGCAAAAUAUGCUUUCAGAUCGAAUUUCUGCAUUAAUAUCCAUGCAGCAGGAAGCCGUAUUUUAAUAGCUCCAGCAUGGAUUGAUCAACGGGGGUGCUGCUUCUGCGUGACUGGCCUCUGAAAUCAUCCUUUGGGCCUGCAGUUGCCUAGAUCCUGUCAUUCUGACUGAUUUGACCUUCUCCCCGCACAUCAAAGACAAAUCCGGAGGAACAAGGAAAGAUGCCUGGAUUGACUUCUUGCACUGCGGUGCAGUUUGUCUACCUCGGCAUAGUGAUUGGUUGAGGGGAUGAUGAAUAUCUGCAUGCAUAUGAUUUGAAUAUACGAAAGAACAUGCAUGGUGUUGUUUUCGACAGAUGCAGAUUGAAAAUUUGGCGGCUUUGCUGUGCAGAGGACGGAAGAACCGGCACUUUUAUGAUUGGCAACGACAGCUUUCCUGCGUCGCUCCUUGAUCUACCCUCCAUCGUAGAGUCUUACAAGACAUACGAUGACAAUGUGCUGAUCAAAACUGCGGACAUCGGCCAGGUGCUCGAACCCUCCCCGACGCAUGUUCUUGCUAGGCCUGCGGCUGAUUGAGCCUGAGACUCCGAGCUCGUUGCAGAUAAUCAUGAUUAGGGAAGAAGGCGACCCUGCUCCGGAGGGGGCCGAGUUCAAGCACGGACUGACUCCUCCGAUGAGAGAUGCUCGAAAGCGGCGCUUCCGAAGAGAACCUGACCUCAAUGUACGCAGAACCACCGCCCCAGAAGCUAGAAGUUCUCUUCACCUUUGCGGCCUAGAUAGAUUCUAUGGUGGCAGUAGUAAUCGCCGGCUGGUUUAUUUGUCUCACACUGCAGCCGGAGCUCGUCCAGCGCGUGGAGAAGGACUUGCUGAACAUCCUGUCAGGUGGAACGGCAGAGGAUAUCCUUUCGGAAUCGUUUGUUUUCGUUUUCCGGAUGAAUCUCGGUGAAUGAUGGAAAUCUUCUUGCUCAUCAAGAUUUUAAUUUCUGCAUUGAAUGCUCUUGAAUUUAUAAGUUUUGGGUCUUCUUUAACUGGCGGAGAAGCUCACGGGUCGAGCGAGCAAAGUCUGCUGCAGUUGCUGCCGCUGCAGCGAGGCGGCCUGCCGCCCCGGAGAGCGCCGGGGGAAAUGCCGGAGAGCCCGAAAGGAGCGACUCUGACGAUUCGGACGACAGCUGA